AUGGUCGGUCGUUCCAUAGGAAGGCAAAAGAAGAGCGGUUCGCUGAAGAUAAGUAAUCAAGAUGCUGGUGAAAAACCAGCGGAUUUUGUAGCUUUGAUAGCAAAGCAAAGUUUAACAAAAUCUCGCCGUAUGCAUUUUGAUCGUUUGGUUGCGACAACAGCAAUUAACGGCACGAAUACUGCCACAUUUAUCGCUGAACUCGAUAAAAAUCGUGUACCAGUACCAUUACUAGAAAAGAAACGUGUGAAACUUAGUUCAAAAGCUAGUGGUGAUCAUGACUAUUUACCAGCAACAUAUGCUUGUUUUAAUCGAGAAGAUUAUAUUAUCAUCCAAGCACCAACUAAAGAAAAUUCAAUUGACUUCUGGCGAAUGGUUUGGCAGGAUGGUUGUAAGUUAAUCGUUUGUGUAGUAGAAAAAUCUCAAAUGAGUUCAGAUGAUAGCAGCACUGAUAAGUGCUAUCAGUAUUGGCCAACGAAACUAAAGUCAAAAAUGGAAAUUGGCAAGCAACGAUUCAGUAUCAGUUUGAUGAAAAAAAAGGAAGAAAAAGGCUUUAUUAUAUACGACGUAGCAUUGUCUGCGCAUCUUGACGCUGAUGUUAACGUUGGAAAAUCUGCGCCUAAAGAUAGUUCAGCAGAGACAGCUGUUGAUGAAGACGGAAAGCCAAGACAUGUGCUAAUAUUUCACAUAACAGACUGGUCAGUUACUUCAUGGCCUGAUUUAGACCACUUGGGACCGUUCAUUAAGACUUUAGCUAGUAAAGAAGUGCAGAUAAUAAAACGUGCUACAGACGAUUAUAUUCCACCUGUUGUACUUCAGGGAUUUGCUGGUCUGAAUAGAACAUGUGUGGUAUGGGUAGCAACUAUACUAAUGAAGCAAAUCGAACGCCGUGAAUGCUUUGACGUUGAAUAUCUAGCCAGGUAUUUAUUACGUGUUCGUCCGGGAGCAUUUACCGAGCCUAUGUCAUUUUUCGUCUUAUUCGCGCUGGCGUUUCGAAUUGCUUCGUUGGGUGGUUGGAGCACUUAUGAGGUUUUCUUCAAUAAAUAUUUCAGUUCUUGCAGUCUAAAACUGUAA